AUGGCAGCAAGGAAACGUAACAGGCAGAGUGUGGUAUGUGUGUUCUGUAAGAAAAGGAAAGUUAAAUGUGACAAGGGCCAACCUUGUUCUACGUGUAUAAAGUAUGGUAAUGAUGAUUGUACUUAUGAUAAUAUUGGAAUUAAUGAUGAUUUGAAAAGGGAUAGAGAUCAGGAAAUGACAAGAAAUGAAAUCAGAUUAUUGGAAAAUAAGAUCAGAAAACUCCGAAAUCAACUUGAAGAAGAUAAUGAAGCCAGCUCACCUAAAGAUGGUCCAGUAAUUGAUAAAAAUUAUCCAUUCCAUGAACUAAUCGGUGUCAACCCUGUAGCUGCUCAUGAUGAUAAGUUGAACUUUUAUGAUCGUGUUUUACCUGUAACGAGUCAAUCCAUGGGAUACAAAAGAAAUAAUUCCCCCUUCCAUUGGAUAACUUUAAUGAAAGGCGACAUUGUAUUAUCAGGACUUCUAGAAUACUUAAUGCAUAUAACUGCUUUCCAGCGAGAUGGAAAGAAAGUGUUAAACAGUAACCUUAAGACAGUGGAAACGGAAUUCGAAAAGAAAUUGGAAUCGGUUGAUGGUUCAGUGGAUAGUAAAUUAUAUAAAGACAACAAUUGGCAGAAUUCCUUUGCAACUGUUAGUCAAAGCAGUAAUAGUAGCCAAGCUACUGAGGUAAUACCUUCGCAAGACAUAAAUGGUAACGCUAAUUUAAUAGGAAGAGACAUUCCAAGUUUUAGAAUGCUGUCAACUUCUGACAACGAUACAAAUGGAUUGGUUUUGGGGUACAAUAAAGCAAGGAAUGACAACACUUACGUACAAGCAUUAGGUGAAAAAAUCAGAAUAUCUUUACCACCCAAAGAAAUCAUUUGGAGGCUACUCAAAGUUUUCUUCGAGGAAUUUUAUUUCUUAUUCCCCUUAUUCGAUCAACUAGAAUUCUACCAGAGUAUAAUUAAAAUCAUUGGGGUCGUGACUUAUAAAUAUGAACCAGUGUUGGAGAUGAAUAUUGAAAAAAGGAUGGAUUUCGCUCAUAUUGGUACCUUGUUGUUAAUCUUAAGAAUCACUUAUUUGUUAUUAUCAAGUAGAACCAAACUUAACUUGAAAGACAAAAAAUCAUCACUCAAAGAUCCUACUAUCAAGAUGUUAUUAGGGAGACCUAUAUCUGUUCAAUUUUAUGAUUUUGCCAGACAAUGUUUGGGGAUGUUUGAUAUCUUGUCCACAGCUUCACUUCCAGUUUUCCAAUUUGCCUUACUUUUAAGAUUAUAUAAUGUUUAUGCCCCAGAAGAAGGUGAUGGGGAUAGAGAAAGCGAAGUGAUGAUUUUCAAUAAUGUUUUGCUCAAUAUGGCCAUAUCCUUAGGGUUAAAUCGUGAACCUGAUCACAUUCCUGGUUAUGUGGGAACACCUCAAGCAAAACAUUUACAUAGGAAACUCUGGUGGACAGUUUAUUCUAUGAACAUUCAUCAAAGUUUCGUUAACGGUAGUAAAUUUAACAUCAGAUCUACAGAUUUUGAUACUAAACCGUUAUUUUAUGAAGCUGGGUUUGCUAAUACAAACUAUGGUGAGAUGGAAAGAGUUUACUGUGAGGUAGCUGGGUUGAAAUUAGUAGUCUUUGAAUCAGUAUUGGAGUUAACAGAUUUGGUGUCUUCAGUUAAAGGCGAUGCUGAUAUGAGAAUGGUAUCCAAAAGUUUAGAAUUCAUGGAAACUUCAAUUUUGAAAGGAUAUGGUAGGAUCCUUGAUACUAUGGAUGAUUCUCAUACUUUCAGCUCUGAAUUGAGAAGAUUGGCUCAAGUAAGAUUACAUCUUCUUACUGCAACCGCUUCAAUAACUAUAUUGUACAAUUUCUUCAUCUAUUAUGAGAAGAGAAAUAACUUAAAGUUAAGAGAGUACUAUGUCAGGAAAAUGAUAGUUUUGAUAGGUUUGGAUUUAAUCCCAUUAUGCUAUGAAAUUGUUCACAACACUUCUAGAAUGUUUAAGACUAUCCCUGUUGUAACGAUAGUACCUGAUAUGUUCGAAGCCAUCCAGAAAUCAAUUUUGGUAUUCAUCUCAUUCUUCAUAAGGUGUAGAACAGAUGUCAUGUUACACAAUAAAAAUGAGGAUCAUGAUGAAAGAGUUGUAAAUGAUCCCGAGUAUAUUGACUAUUUUACUUUGUUGAACAAAACAACCCAAUUGUUUUCCAUUGUAGCAAAGGAUUUGAUUGAGAUUUUGGUCGAAUUUAGUCCUACGUAUUUCUAUGCCUGGAAAUUGACCAAAUCUAUGAAAGCUUUCUAUGAAAUUUCUUCCAAUAGGGUUCUUUAUGAUUGUCCACACUUGCGUACCCUUACAGUGCUUAGCUUUACAGAGUCCAGUAUAAAAGAAAUUCACGAAAUUUUAUCCCAGACAGUCAAAAAAAUUGAUGAAGUAAAUUCCGAAGUUCAACGUAAAACUGAAACCGAUGAUGAUUUAUCUUCUUCAGCUAGUUCAUUUACAGAAUCAAGAGCCCCAGAAAACGUCCAAUCAUUCACUUCUGAUGGUUCUCAUGUAACUCCUGGAACUCCAUUCAAUUGGAACUUUGAUGUUCCAAAUGCUGACGUCCCUAUUGAUGCCGCAGGCGUAGAUAAGAUUUGGACCGAAGUAUUGGCAUCUAAAGUCGAUACAGAUGGAUAUCAAAAUAUUGCUAACUAUGCCAAUGCUGGGUUUGAUAAUGCCGCAUCGUUCAUUGAUUUCGAAGCUAUUCCCGAUUUAAUGGAUGGUAGAGCUAUGGAUGAAAUGUUAAAGAGUUUCUUAGAAAAGAAUUGA